CACGCGAGCGUGUCUGGAUCGUUGGUCUGGAUCUGAUGGCGCAAAGGCAGAUGCUCUACUUCCUGUUCUCAGUCAGAAGAUGUGUUCAGCUUCCUGUAGCAUCUCGUCUCUGCAGCUCCAGACCCCAGAAUGCGGAUAAAGCAGUGGAGAAUGUGUGUCUUCUGGAAAGCCUGUCCAGCUUGGGUGUGGACCUGAGCUCGGCCCGCAGGCGGCAGCCGGGCGUCCUGAAGCGAGCGCUGACCAAUGAGAAGGGACUCGCACGCUUCCUGCAGAGCAAAGGUGCGGACGUGGCCGCCGUCGCCAGCAUCAUCUCACGCUUCCCACGAUGCAUCACUCGCUCCAGCGAACACCUGCAGGAGCGCUGGAACCUCUGGAGGAACAUCUUCCAGAGCGACGGCGAGAUGGUGGAGAUCCUCUCCAGAUCCCCAGAGUCUUUCUUCCGCUCCAGCGACAACAGGAACCUGGAGGAGAACAUCACUUUUCUCAAGUCUCUAGGUAUUACACCUAAAGACCUGCACCGGCUGCUGACCACAGCUCCACGCACCUUCUCCAACAGCGUGGAGCUCAACAGAAACAUGGUGGAGCUCCUACAGAGCGUCUGCGCUAGUGUGGGCGGAGACAACCAGAAAGAGUUCGCCAGGACCAUCAUCUCCAAAAACCUCUACAUCUUCAUCCGCAGCACCAAUCGAAUCAGAGCCAAUGUGGAUUUUCUGCUGAGCGAGAUGAAGCUGAGCGACUCUGAGGCGCAGGUUUUCCUCCAGAGCCACGGCGCGCUGAUCCUGGACCUGUCCCAUGAGAGUCUGAAGAAAAACCUCAAGAACCUGCGCUGGAAACUGCGAUCUCUGGGCUGCGGAGAAGAAGAUCUGAGGAAGAUGAUCCUCAAGUUCUCACUGGUGCUCUUCAUGUCUGCGCAGCUGCUGAACUCCAAGCUGGACUGCUUUCUGGACGCCGGGAUUCAAAUCCAGCAGCUCAUCCUCAAACCCAAAGUGCUGGACUUCAGUGUGGAGAACAUCAGGCGGAGGCUGGAGCAGCUCCGAGCACUGGGAUAUGACUUCCGGAAACACGGCAUCGGUGUGCUGGAUAUGAGCAACAAACGCUUCCAGGAGAAGAUCAGGAGACUGGAGAAUGAGCUAUAAAGAUGGGAUAUGAGCAUAAGAGUGUCUGUAUGGAGCUCCAUUAUGGUCACUUCUGCUCUUAAAGGGACAGUACAUCUAAAAAUGAAUCUCCCUCAUUCACUCACUCGGUUUCAUCUGUUGAACACAAAGUAUAAUGAUAUUUUUGAAUAUUUUAGGUAUUUUAAAGAAUGCUGAAAACCUGUAACCAUUGACUUCCAUUGUAGGGAAAACAUACUUUGGAAGUCAGUGGUUACCGGUUUUUGACAUUCUUCAAAAUAUCUUCUUAUUCAACAGAAGAAAAGGCAGUUUAGGAACAAGUAAAAGGUUUAAAACUCAUGAGGGUUUUAAAGAA